AUGGAUCCCAUCGUGGUCAUCGGCUUCGAUGCUCGGCUUCCUCAGGAUGCCUGCUCAUCCCGGGAAUUCUGGGAUAUGCUCUUGCAAGGCCGGAAUGCCGUGACGAGCGUGCCUAAGGAGAGAGUGAAUAUGGAUGCAUUUUACCAUCCAAACCCAGAUCGUACAGACACGGCCAAUGUGCGCACCGGAAAUUUUAUCACAGGAGAUAUUGCUGCAUUCGAUGCCCCAUUUUUCUCGAUUCAGCAGAUCGAAGCAGAAUCGAUGGAUCCUCAGCAGAGGCUUUUGUUAGAAACAUCUUAUAAAGCUCUAGAAAAUUCCGGUACGCGUUUGGACCAAAUCCAAGGUUCCAAGACCUCAGUGUAUGUCGCGGCAUCGACAAGAGACUACGAAGUCAUUCUGUAUCGCGACCCUGAAUUGACACCCAAGUAUAUGGGUACCGGGAUUGGCACUUCGCUCUUGGCCAACCGACUCAGCUGGUUUUUUGACCUGCGAGGGCCGAGUGUCGCCUUGGACACGGCGUGUUCAUCUGGCCUGGCUGCUGUCCACAUGGCAUGUCAGAGUCUGAUAUCGGGGGAAUCAAAUAUGGCUAUUGUCGGAGGGGUCUCGCUCAUCUUGGCGCCAGAAGUGAACAUGAAUCAGCUGUCAACACUGGGCUUCCUCUCGCCAGACGGUCGCUCGUACAGUUUUGACUCGCGUGCAAAUGGCUAUGCAAAAGGCGAAGGAGUUUGCGUGGUCGUACUCAAGCGACUAUCAGACGCCAUCCGCGACAAUGAUACCAUUCGAGGAGUCAUUCGCGCGACUACAGUAAACCAGGACGGCAGAACCCCAGGUAUCACACAGCCAAGUAAACGAGCCCAGACCGAAAAUAUCCAACGAGCGUACAAAGAGGCAAACCUCGAUAUGAAUGACACACAUUAUUUUGAAGCCCACGGAACCGGCACUGCGGUGGGCGACCCCCUUGAGGCAGAAGCUAUCCAUAAUGCUUUUCAACGCUCACCCGAGAGACCGCUCUGGAUCGGUGCCUUGAAGGCCAAUAUAGGCCAUUUGGAGGCUGCUGCUGGAGUGGCGAGUCUUAUAAAGGCCGUUCUCGUCUUGGAGAAAGGCAUUCUACCCCCAAACGCGGACUUUAGGGUGCCGAAUCCAAAUAUACCAAUCGAUAAAUACAACUUCAAGUUUUUGAAAAGCCCGAUGCCUUUCCCGACAGAUGGUUUUCGCCGAAUCAGUAUCAACAGUUUUGGUUAUGGAGGAACCAAUGCUCACGCAAUUGUUGAUGAUGCCUUUAACUUCCUUCGGAUUCAUGGUUUGCAGGGAAAGCAUCUUUCUGUUGUCAAACCACCUCAAACCCUAACUCAAUCAUCGGAUUUUGAUCCAGUAAAUGCAGGCGAUUUCAAAAUUACAAACGGCCAUCACAGUGAUUCUUCCCCAGUCAAAACGAACGGAAAACCUAAUGGCCAUUUUAUUCUAAAUCGCCCGAUUGUAUUACCAUUCUCAUCGGCUGAUGAAAGUGGUAUUGAGCGGACAUUGAAAACGUACCAAGAAUACUUCAGUAGGCUUGGAAAAGAGAAAUCUGUUGAUGAAGAGCAGGAAUACUUGCAGAAUCUCUCGUACACGUUGACCACGCGCCGAAGCAACCUUCCAUGGAAGUCGUUCUCAGUGAUCAGCUCUAUGGACCAGCUCCGAUCUGGGGACCUGAUCUGGUCAAAGCCUCAGAGAUCAUCCGCAGCACCAUCGCUUAGUUUUGUAUUUACUGGCCAGGGUGCGCAGUGGUAUGCUAUGGGCCGUGAGCUGUCCCUAUAUCCCGUAUAUGUCGAAAGUAUGCAGAGAUCCGACAGAUACAUGAAAGACUUGGAUUGCCCUUGGAGCUUAAUAGACGAACUGCACAAGGGUGAGUCUCUAUCCUUGGUGAACAAACCGGAAUUCUCCCAGCCUCUUUGUACAGCGUUACAAAUUGCUUUGGUCGAUUUGCUAGAUAGCUGGGACAUAAAGCCUGUAGCAGUUAUCGGCCACUCUUCUGGUGAGAUCGCAGCGGCGUACUGUGCCGGUGGCUUGUCUCACGAGUCUGCAAUUCGGGCGGCUUUUUACCGGGGACAACUGGCCUCUAAACUUUUGGAGCAGCAGCCCAACUCAGGCACCAUGUUAUCAGUCGCGCUGUCUGAGACGAAAGUUCAAGAGUACAUAAGGGACGCCAUACAACGGACAGGAGAGACCGUUUCUGUUGGAUGUGUGAACAGUCCUCAAAAUGUCACUCUCACAGGAGGAACUAGAGCGAUUGAAGAGUUGUCACAACUCCUGCAGAAUGAGGGUAUUUUUGCGAGAACAUUGUCUACGGGGAUUGCGUAUCAUUCCCAGUUUAUGGAGGCUAUCAGUGCUGAGUAUCUCGCUAAACUUGGCGACCUGGAGCCGGGUUCAAAGUCUGGCAACCCUCCUCUGUUCUUUUCUUCGGUGGACGGAGUGAAGAUUCCUGCAAAUAACACAUGCAACCCGGAAUACUGGGUCAGGAAUUUGGUUGGCCAAGUUGCUUUCUUAUCUGCCCUGCAGCAUAUGACUUUAUACCUCUUGGAGGAACGCAAAAAAGAUGGCUCCAGUGGGAAGGACCUCCUCCUCGAAAUUGGUCCGCACCCUUCCUUGCAACGACCAAUCAAAGAAACAGUCAAAGAUGCUAAAGAUAUUGACUAUAUUCAAACACUCGCUCGCAAUGUGCAUGCGUUGGUAUCAAUCAGCAACCUUACUGGCCGACUUCGAUGUAGCGGGAUUCCUGUUGACGUUCUUCAAGUCAAUUUCCCCAACGCCCAAGUGGAAGAACUCGAUAAAAGUAAUCUUUAUCCUGCAUCUGGAAUGCUAGUCAUGGUAAUCGAAGCGGCCCGCUCUUUGGCCGGGUCUCAAUCGGUCUCGGGAUAUCACUUGAGUAAUAUCAACUUUCCGGCAGGUCUUUUAAUUCCUCAGAAUGUGGAUUCGGUCGAGGCUCAGAUCAACUUCAAUCCCGUAAAGCCAGGGAUGCCAGACCAGCAUCGCAUACAUGACUUCCAGAUUUUUGCAUAUUUCGGCGAAGGGUGGCAUGAACUUUGCCAUGGUACUAUUGAGACCGAAAUAAAAAUUUCUCAAGAAGGGACACAGACUGAAGCGGAGAGGCAGCGCCCCCAAGGGCUACUGAAUGGAGAAUCGAAUCAGCGUUGGGAUGAAGUCAACUCGAAGGAAUUUUAUCAGGCUAUCAACGAGUACGGAAUGAGCUUUGGUCCUGCCUUCCAGGGCCUCCAAAAAGUACGUGUUGCAAACGACCAAGCCACUGCAGAGAUCGAACUCGAUAAGUGGAACCACGAAAAUACAAAGUUCGCUCCGACACCUCAUAUUAUUCACCCAACCGAUUUAGAUAUUAUAUUCCAGUCCAGCAUUGCGGCCUUUAGUCAAGGUGGCCGACUCCCCAUUCCUGUUUUGAUCCCACAAAAGAUCCGCUCUAUAUGGGUUUCGCAGGAUCUUCUUGGCCGAAGUAGCAAAGAAGUCUUAAGGGUUUCCAACAAGAUCGAAACAAGGGGAUACCGAGAGGCAGACUUUUCUAUCGCGGCAGUCAAUGAGCAGCGCCGCAAGUUCUCGUGA